AUGAGCAGUGAUUUUCUCCCUCCUGAGACUGUGCAAAAGUGCUUUGAGAACCUGAAUGGAUCCUGCGUCAAAACUCCCUACUCACCAGGCCCCCGCGUGAUUCUCUAUGCAGUGUUUGGCUUCGGAGUUGUGCUGACUGUAUUUGGAAACCUCUUGGUGAUGAUUUCAAUCCUUCAUUUCCAACAGCUGCACACCCCUACGAACUUUCUGAUAGCGUCUCUGGCCUGCGCUGACUUCCUGGUGGGGGUGACCGUCAUGCCCUUCAGCACGGUGAGGUCUGUGGAGAGCUGCUGGUACUUCGGGGACAGUUACUGUAAAUUUCACUCUUGUUUCGAAGGGUCCUUCUGCUAUGCUUCUAUCUACCACUUGGGUUUUAUUUCCCUCGAUAGAUACAUUGCUGUCACUGACCCUCUGGUCUAUCCAACCAGGUUCACAGCGUCUUUGUCUGGCCUAUACUUCUCCUGGCUCCUUUCUAUUAUUUAUAGUCUUUCUCUUAUUGGCACGGGUGCCAAUGAAGCUGGGCUGCAAGAUCUGGUAAGUGCUCUCACUUGUGUGGGAGGUUGCCAAAUCGCAGUGAAUCAAAGGUGGGUAUUGGUGAAUUUUGUAUUAUUUUUCAUACCCACGCUUGUGAUGAUAAUUGUCUACUCCAAGAUUUUCCUCAUCGCUCAAAAACAGGCUAGAAGAAUUGAAAGUAUGAGCAGUAAGACUGUGAGAUCGGCAGACAGCUACAGAGACAGAGUGGCCAAGAGGGAGAGGAAAGCAGCAAAAACCCUGGGAAUUGCAGUGCUAGCCUUCCUGAUUUCAUGGUUGCCCUACUUCAUUGAUUCAAUCAUUGAUGCCUUCCUGGGUUUCAUCACACCCACAUAUAUCUAUGAAAUACUGGUUUGGAUUGCUUACUAUAACUCAGCAAUGAACCCCUUGAUUUAUGCUUUCUUUUAUCCUUGGUUUCGAAAAGCCAUCAGACUAAUUGUCACUGGCAAGGUCUUGAGAGAGAAUUCCUCAACUAUCAAUUUAUUUUCUGAGUAA